AGAAACUAACGACAUACCUAAAGUCAGUUUAAUAUUAAUCCACCUGGUUUCCAAAUCGAAAGUCUAUAAAAUAAGAAACGUCUUAAUGCCGAAUAUAUGUGUAAUACAAAUUAACGACCAAUCGAUGGGUAGCUUUUUCUCGUAACAUUUCUCAAAAUUAUACAGGCAGGCUAACUGUCACGAUCUAAUACAAUAUAAUUUCAUUUAUCGAAUUACAGUUAUUGUCUUUUUUCAAACGAUUUAACAGAGGGCCGAGAGAUAUAAGAAACAAAUGCGAAAAAGUUGUGUGAUCGUCGCGUGUAUAAUACCGGCGUUGUGUGAAAAAAAAAAAAAAAACACCCUGGUGAAAAUAUGUGAAAGAUUAAUUGUGCAUAUAUACAUAAUAAAUUUUUUUACCAAAUAAAUUUCUCGUGAACGAAGACGUAAGCAAGAUCACAAUCCAAUUCUUUGACACGGAAAAUCAAAUGAAAACAAUCAAACAAAACUGAUAAGAAAAAAACCCCACAAACUACACGCAUCAACAUUUGCCUUAGAACCUUGUUACGCACGCACCGUUUAUCACACAACUUACACCGCGAUAUAUUUCUCAGGUAUUGUAAUCUCAAAAAUUUGACCGGCGGAGACACAAUACAGUCUGUGCUGAAAACGUCGGUCACCACGGCCUCUGCUGAUGCAGGUUAGCUGACGGAGACGAAUUUGUGCAGCUGUCGGUCGACCCUUUGAGGUUAGAAUACUUAUUUUCAUCGGUGGAUACCAGGGUGUCAGUUCACCGGGAUAAAUUUUUCAGGUGGUAUCGCUAUUUUUCUUUUAUCCACCUCGAAUGCGAUGACAAUUCAGGGCUCGGUGUGAGCUGGGAACAUUCUUUCGUUGGCCUCUUGCGAAAUGGCGAAUUUGACGAACGCGACGAGCGGCGAUGCCGAGUUCAAGGCAAAGGUGAAAUUCGACCCUGAGGAGGACUGUUGCAGCUCGACCAGCCGCCUUGGGUUCGACCCUCAGACUAUUCCUCCGCCCCUCGGAUCGCUCACGAUAGAAGAAUGCCCCAAGAAGAAAGUACUCUUGUUGAAAACAAUUUUGGAGCGAGAUCUUGUCGCUGCUGACAUAAAGUGGUCUCUCUUCGUCGCUGCCUCUCACAGCUACAGAUAUGACUCAUGCCUCAGACCUUAUCCCCCGAUGUACGUUAGGAACGAAUGCAAAGACAUCGAGGCUCUGAGGGAAGCCAUCCAAACCAUACCUCCACUCUCCAUAAUCAUUCGUCAAUUAGACGAGCCUGAUGUUUACGAGAACAACUCAGCUGCGGUCAAUUUGCUGUACUGGGUUCUCGUUAGGCUUAGAGACCCGCAGAUCAAGAGCGUAAACAAAGAAUGCUAUGACUCUGUGCUGAAGCGUGUUCCAUCCGAAAUGGCAGUAGCACCUCCUAAUUUGAUAUUCCAAGUUGCGAGCACCAAGCAGUCCCUGUUUGAGGAGAGGUGGAGAACAGCUUCACAGGGACACACGACCCUCUACGCUUACCACGGCAGUCGACUUGAGAAUUUCCACUCAAUAAUCCACCACGGCUUACAGCAGAACAUGUGCAAGAGAUCUCUCUACGGCACAGGCAUCUACUUCUCUAGCGAACUGGGUGUCAGCUUGCCUUACAGUCCUGUUGGAUACGGAUGGGGCGGCAGCAUGCACGGCAGUCAAUUGAGCUGCAUCGCGUUGUGUGAGCUAAUCAAUCACCCUGACGUGAAAAGAGGGGAUUCAGAGGAUGCAGCAAGAAACACUGUAAUCGAUGCAAUGAGUGGCAAAGUUCCAAACAAGUACUACCUCGUUGUAAAUAGCGAUUUAGUUCGUAUCAGAUAUCUGCUGGUUUACAGCCAAGAGUUUUCUUCUUCAAGGCACAAGGAAGGACGAGGGUUGGUUGCCUGGUUCAGAAGGCACAAGCUGCUCACUUUUGUUCUUGGCUAUGUGGUUCUGUUGGCAUCUGUCGGACUGACCCACAAUAAGUACGUUGAAAAGUAUUGCAGGCUGUUUAUCCAAAAAGUUGGAUUCCAGUAGUCGACUGGGUUGAGAUUUAUCACACCGUACUUUAACGAUUUCCAGAGUUUAUCAUCCAGGCUGUCCUUAAUACGAAAUUCAAUUUGUUUCACAUACAUUUAUAUGUACAGACCCUUAGAUUGACACAUCAAGGCCACCGAUGGUGUCUGCUUCCCAUGUUGAACAGGUAGUAGCAGAUUAUACUGUUGGCCUUGAAUGGUUCAAAAUCAAUCUGAGGGUCUGUAGAUACCAAAGGCAAUCGAAGACUGUCAUAUCUACAAACUUUUCAAGAAAACUAGAAGCGAAAUUUUGCUUUGUGACGUUUACACUACUUUGAUAUUAGUCAUGAUUAUAAGCAACUUUCAGCAGCACUAUGAAUACUCACAGAGUCACACGCAUCAUUCAAAGCGAAUUGAUCAACGGUAGUUAUGCGAAAAUAUGAUUUUUUAAAGUAUUAUUUGAGCAGUUUUUUAAUUAUUUACAUUGAUAUAAUAAUUAUAGAUGGAAAUCAUCAGAUUCAUACUGUGAUAGUUGGUGACGCACGUUUAGUGCCUUGUUAGAGUGAUUGGAAAGUUUUCUGUGACCAAAUAGUCGUCCUCAAAUACGACUAUUAGGUUUACUUCGAACUCUGCAAGAAUAUAAAUCAAAUUAAGUAUGAUUCGUGUCUCAACACGAUUAUUUAAAAUACCCUGUACACUUACCAACUUUGAAAUUACUUGUAUUCAAUGUCGGGCAGGUAAACAGGCGUGGGAAUAUCAUGUAAACUGGUAUCGCUAGCCCAGUGCAAACGUUACCUUCUCCUAUUUGUAUAUUUUGUAUCUCCGUAGCUGUAGCAAUAACAAGACGAAUAACAAAAAUUAAUUUAUGGAAUAAACAUUUUCAAUAGAA